AUGGCUCCCAUUACGGAAGAGGUCGUCACCGGCCUGAAGGACACUAUCGGCAAGCUUGAGGCCCGGAUCGAAGACUUGGAAGGCCGUCUCACCAAUGGCGACAAGCCCAAGUCUAUCGCAGAGCACAUGCGCAUCAUCUUGAUGGGACCUCCUGGUGCAGGCAAGGGUACCCAGGCUCCUCGUCUCAAGGAGAAGUACUGCGUGUGUCACUUGGCUACCGGAGAUAUGCUGCGAUCCCAGGUCGCCAAGAAGACUGAUCUGGGCAAGGAGGCCAAGAAGAUCAUGGAUCAGGGUGGUCUGGUCAGCGACGAGAUCAUGGUCAACAUGAUCAAGAGCGAGCUGGACAACAACACCGAGUGCAAGAACGGUUUCAUUCUCGACGGUUUCCCUCGUACCGUUGCUCAGGCCGAGCGCCUGGAUGAUAUGCUGGCUGUCCGCCAGCAGAAGCUCCAGCACGCCGUGGAGCUCCAGAUUGACGAUGCUCUACUGGUUGCCCGUAUCACCGGUCGUCUGGUCCACCCUGCGUCCGGCCGAUCAUACCACAAGAUCUUCAACCCCCCUAAGGAUGAAAUGAAGGAUGAUGUCACCGGCGAACCUCUGAUCCAGCGGUCCGAUGACAACGCCGAUACGCUGAAGAAGCGUCUCGGCACGUACCACUCCCAAACGACCCCCGUUGUCGACUACUACAAGAAGACCGGAAUCUGGCGGGGUAUCGACGCCAGCCAAGAGCCCGGUCAGGUCUGGAAGAGCCUCUUGGGUGUUUUCCGCCAGUAG